CUACGCUAUUGCCAAACUACCGCUAAUAACCGGGAGAACUAAUCUGGAAACUAAAAAAUAACAAAUAUUAUGAUAUACACCUCAGCGGAUCAAUGUGGUGCUUUUGUGAAACGAAAAAUUAUUGUAUAUUUGAAUUAUAAUAUCAAAUAAUAUUACAAUCAUUAUCUUCGAAUGAAGGAUACUGCUAGGUACGUCUGAGAAAUUUUUGAGUGUGAGUUAAUCUGGCAACGUUGCCCGCAAACGUCAAUUGUCAAGCUUUUGUCUUGUAGACGGCAUUCAACGUACUUUGCGGUUUUUCCAGUUUAAAUCCAUGAAAACACAUUCUAGCAAUACGAAAUUUACUCCAAAUUUUCAUUUGGAGUCCACUUUUGUGUAAUUUCUGGCAAACAAACAGUGGCAGGUAGGUGGAACUCUACAACAGACUGGGAAGAGGAAGCUAUUAUGUAGCGUGCAUUUCACACAUUCGCAUACAUGAAGUAAAGGAGAAGCGGGCAAGCAUAGUGAUGGAAUCUGCGAAAACAACUCGCAGCAGGACGAGAAGCGGCCAGGGAGAUGUCCCAGAGACAAUAACGAAUGAGAGUGAGACCACCCUUAAUGGUGAGACAAAUGAGAAACAACAUGCUGUGAUAGAGGUAAAGAUUCCAGAGAAUGGAGGCGCCGAAAAAGCGGCUGUUGAGGAAAAGCCAAAGAGUGACGAUGUGAAGGUUGUCGAAAAACCAACAGAAAAGAUAGACGAGGAAAAAUCCACAGAUGAUGCUGAUGUAACUGGAGAAGCUACAUAUGAACCAAAAGAUGAUUCUGAGAUGAAAGGUGAUGAGGUCAAGCAUGGAUCUUCUGAACAAAAAAAAGAAAAUCCUGCUGGUCCUCAACAAGAUAAAGAACUAAUUUUAGUAAUAGAAGACAGUUUUUUCAAAGGAUUUGACAAAGAGUCACAAAUAACUGAGAUCACUCUGUCUCCAGAAACUCUAAGAGAAAAGUUUGCUGUAAAUGAAAAGGACAUAGUUGCCAAAGGUAAAAAAAGGAAAGCUGCUGAUACAAAGUCUGGAGAUGAGAAUGAUAAUGAAAAUCCCACUCAGGAAAAAGAAAGUCCUUCAGAAAGUGGUAAACAAAGAGAUGGCUAUGGUAGACAGAGAAAAGCCAAAUCUGCUGAAGAUUCGUUAUCUUCAUCCUUUAUGGACACAUCAGAUUUAAAUUUGCCAUCGAAGGAAAUAUUGGGCAAAGGCAAAAGGGCAAGGAUUCCCAAUAAAAGGUAUAGCGAAAUCAUGUUGUCACCAAGGUCUAAGCAUACAGAAAAUGGAUCUUUGGACAGGAUUGAAGCUGAAGAUAUUAUGACUGUCGUUAAAGAAGAACCUGUGAGCCCAGGAAUGCUAUCUGGAGGUAGUGCGGGCAGUCCACAUCCACAGUCUGCAAAAAAGCCAAAGACUUACGACUUAACAGAUCAGAAGUACUUGAAACCCUUUGAUUAUGGAUGGAAGAGAGAACUUGUGUAUAGGAGCACUAGUUCAAGUUCAAAACGAUCGGGAGAUAUUUAUUAUUACACUCCACAAGGAAAAAAGGUGAGGUCUAUGCGAGAGGUAUCAGAAAACCUGCAUAAUAAGCAUUUGAGCCUAGAAAACUUUACAUUCUUCAAAGAGCCCCUAGGCUUGAAUAAUACUGAGAAGGAGGUUAUAAGGGACGCGAAGAUUGGAAGAGGUAGCAGCGGCAACCUCAGCGGUUCAGAGCGGACGUUAAGUCCGAAACCGAAGGCUGGUGGGCUAGUGAAGAAGGCUAUAGUGAAGUCUGCGAGUGCAAAUCGUGUCACACCGCGCAGCCCUAAGCUGGCCGCUGCGAGUCCCAAAGGCGUCGCUAGUCCUAAGGGAGCAGCUAGUCCUAAGGGGGCAGCCAGUCCUAGGAGGGCAGCGCCCAGUCCCAAGGCCAGUCCUAAAAGGGUACAGAGCCCAAGGGCUGGGACAAACGAGACAGCGGAUAGCCCUGCUUCAUCUGAAAGGUCGUUGAGGGGGAAACCGACGAAUCAGGCGAAGACGACAGGCAAUUACAAGCUGAAGCUACCAGUGAAAAAAGAUAAGAAGAAGACUGAUGAAGAAAUGAAAACAGUGAAGUCGCCCCCAAGUAAGCGAGGCAGAUGGUCAAACUCCGAAGAAGAAGACGACGAUAGCAGCAACCAUAGCAUCUUCAGCACUCAAAGCAACUACAGCGCGCCUAGCAGCAACCCAGAGGAAGAAUCAGCACCACACACCGUACUGUCAUCAUCUCCAAUCCCACUCGAUUAUAAUCCCACUCCCCCUCCAAUGAUGGAUGAAGAGGGGCUGAAACCACAGCCGCCUUGCUCCAUACGGUGUGACGGGGUCCAGGGGUUUUUGGUACCGGCCCUGCAGUGUCGUUUGUGUCUCUGUUUGUACCACCACCAAUGCGUGGGCGUGGCGCAACACCAGGCUGUCCAGCAGCCGUUCGUCUGCAAGAAUUGUCGGCUAGAUACAACUGGCGACCAGGCGACCGCAACAAUGCAAACACAGCCGAUCGAUCGAUCUCCGCCCCCUCUGCUCCCAGUUAACGUUCCCUCUCCAUUGAUGUCGCCGCAAAAUCCUAGUUCAGAUGCUUCCCCCGGCCCGCCUCCGUUGACGCCAAUCACAGCCCUUAAACCGCAUCCUACCUCCACCACUGAGGAGGCUCCGCCCUUACCUAAGCUUCAGCGAAUACCCAGACCCGGCGACGUCGUUCCCCCACCGCCUCCCGAACAGCCCGAAUCGGAGCCCGAGCUGCCGAAUCUACCACAUCUUAUGCCACGCCCACCUAUCGUAGCUCCGCCUACAUCUCGGGUCGACACUCCACCUCCUUUGCAGACAAAACCCUUGGUGGGCGGCGUGACGACUUGGUUUCCACACCAUUCGAAGAUCGUUGAGGCGGAGCAGCAAACCGGGGAUAUUCCUAGGCCACAGUACGUGGAAUUUUUGGCCGGCAGGAAAUUUCUAGUCAUUCCGAAACAUAAUUUUAUGUCUGUGUCGCCAAGCGUGGCCGUAACGGCAUCGAAUGUCGCAGCCACGUCGGUAGAUUCGGCUAGUUUAGGACCCGAUUUAGGUAGUAAGUCAGAAGUGGAGGCAACCUCGCCUUCCAAACCCGAAAAUACGCAAACUGCUGAGAAGAUGCAGGUAGAGGAUGUUGAGAAUGGAAUUAAGGCUGAUGCAGAUAAGAACGAACACGAAGGAUCAUCAUUGCCAGCAGUGACGGAACCGAUUGCAGGACCCGCAAUACAAAAAGCAAAGAAACGCACCUUGAAGAUAUCGAAGAGUAGCGACGAGAAGGAAGAGAAGAAAUUCAUGGAGAACUACCUGCAGAACAUGUCGUACGGUUACAAUACGCUACUGUACGUGUUUCAGUACUUGAAAGUCCAGGAUCUGCUUAGAGCUGGAUGUGUCUGCACUAUGUGGAGGGAUCUAGCUAGUCAUCCAAUGUUGUGGCGUACUGUUAGGAUGAAAAAUUCGCAGGUGCACAGUUUUGAGGGUCUGGCAAAUACUUUGAAGAAACACGGCACUCGACAUUUAGAUCUGCGUAAAAUGUUGCUACCUACUGGAGGAGACGAAAUCUGGCCAGAAUUUUCAGAUGCCAUAGGCAAGGUGGAUACUUUGAGGAAAAUAGAACUCUGUAGAUGCCCAGCGACUGUUGUGGAGAAGUUGGCUGUAUCAAAUCCACAGUUAGAGGUAAUCAACGCUGUUACAAUAAAAUGCGAAAGCAUGGACCUGAGCCCGUUCAAGAAUUUAACAAACAUCCAAGAACUGCGGAUAAAAUCAACGAGCGGUCUCACACUAUCGUCAAGCCUGGACUCUUUAGAGGAACUCAAGCAGCUGCGGCAUUUAUCGCUGACCUCGAUCCGGGAUCUGGACAGUAUGAAUUUGGACGUCAUCGCCGAGCUGACCAAUUUGGAGUCUCUGGACCUGGGGGAGUGCACCGAUUUCCCGGAGAAGUUCGGCAGCAGUAUUUUGUGCAAACUGGAGAAACUCGAGAAGUUGAGGUUGGAGAAGGGACAGGGGAACUGUCAUACGUUCGAGAUUCUGGAGGCUGUGAAAAGUAUGCCCAAGUUGGAGCAGCUUGAGCUAGUCAAUUUCGAUAUCAAAGCUGGCUUCGAUAAGGCAUUAGGUGCGUGUCGCAACAUCAAGAAGCUAUUGAUCAUCCCCACGUAUAUAUCACAGAGCGCCACCACGAACCACAUGGUACUCGGUGGCGUGCUGAGGCUCCAGAAGACCCUUUCUCAUUUUGUAUGGGGUGUGACUCUGGAACUACUGAGGGUGACCGAACUGUUUGUAGACCAGUGCGAAGAGCCGAAAAAAGAGAAGAAAACAACAGUAAGUAGCGGGGAUUGUAUACCCGUGUUGAAGCCGGUGCCGUUGCUUAAGGACAAGGAUGGAGACAUACCGCCUGCGCAUGAUCCACCUCAGGUGGAGAUAUUGGCCCUGCCCAGUCUACAGAAGUUGCUCAUGCAAAAUCUACCCACAACACGGGUGAAAAUCUUGAAAAUCCCGUUCCAUGCCACUUGGAGGCAGAGCAUAACGGAUUCUGUUAACUGAAACAGCGCUGCUACUUCUCGUCUCACCUCAUUUCGUCUCCGUGUAUGUGUUUAAUAUUGAAUUCUAGGUUAGAGACACCUUACGAGGUAAUUAGAGGAUAGGUGUAGCAUUUAGCGAUAGAGAUUGUAUUUUAAAGAGUAAUCUUUAACUUUUUUUAAAAAACAUGUAAAUAAUGGAUAUUUCCGUUUUUUAAUGUCAACUUUUUUUUGAUGGUCAUGUGUAUACAUGCUAUUACCAUGAAUUAUGUUUUACAAACUUAAAUUCGUAAUAAAAUAUUUUUUAAAGUUCUGAACACGGUUUAAUGCAUAUUUUUUAUAUGCGAUUAACUUUUUCAGCUUUUUUGGUAGAUAGUCUUAAAGCGGAACUCGAAAGGUAAGAUAAUUUCAAAACUGAUUGCAACUCCCUUAAAAUUUUGUUUUCACUCCUGGUCUUUCAACUUAACCUCAAGUGCAUUAAAGGAUUUGAUUAAAGAAAAACUGUGCAUUUUAAAAAAUUCUAAUUUAAUGUUACAGUAUCAUUCACACGUGAGUAUUACGAAUGUUUCUUCUGAUAUCUCCAUUUUGGAAUGUAUAUACAAUAUUUUAAUAAAUAAUAAUCGGUAUAAUAUAAUGUGGAAGCCACAGUACAAUGUAUAUUAAUCUAUAUAAUUAUACAAUUCGGUAUAUUUACAAACGACACCCAAAUACUGAACAUUGCGAUUUUAAAAAAUACAAUCAUGGCAACGUUUUGUUAUUUUCAAUCAAAUUGUAUAUAAUAUCAUAUAUUUACAGUAUAAAGUAUGAGUAGAUUAUCAAAGUGUAUGCAUUAAGUAAAAAC